CCCAAGUAUCCACUGCCAAGUCAUCGUAGAUUUUUCGUUCUGGCGACGCUGCCGACGCCAGAUAAAAAGCGUGGCGAUGCCCUACACGACAAACCUCUGGCCAUUCAUCUCCGGCUCUCUUCAUCCUACAACUGAGCGGGCGACUUCUGGAGUUUUGCGCUCGUUUCACAGCUAGAAAGCUCCAACCUUAUCGACUACUGGUAGUACCCGGCGAACUGCUGCAACAAUCUUCUUGUGGAUCACAUCAUGGCACCGUUCUGGUCCAGAAAUCAUACUGCCCAGGAGGUACAAACAGCCCCAGUCGAUGCCACGUCUGUGCAACCUAAGACAAACGAGUACUAUCAGCCAAACGAGGAUCAGAGCUCUGGAACCGGACACGAUCUGACUGGACAUGGGCAAGCUACGUUUGCCGAGCAUGGCAAUUUGACUGAAGACACGCCAAGAAAGCAGUGGUUUUCGUAUGUCAGGACAAAAGACUUCUGGCUCGUUCUACUUCUCGGCCAAGUGUUGGCGUUGUGUAUUACUAGCACCAAUACGUUCUCGUCGCUUCUAGCAGGCAAGGGGACUUCGAUUCCUGCAUUCCAGACGUUUUUCAAUUAUGUAUUGCUGAACAUCGUUUACACCAGCUACACAUGGUACAAGUAUGGCUUCAAGAAGUGGGGCAAGAUGGUUCUCAAGGACGGAUGGCGAUACUUCAUCCUCGCAUUUCUUGACGUAGAAGGCAACUACUUCGUGGUACUCGCGUAUCGGUACACGACUAUUCUCUCCGCCCAACUAAUCAACUUUUGGGCCAUCGUCAUGGUCGUCAUCAUCUCUCUUAUUUUCCUCAAGGUCCGCUACCACGUCGCUCAGUACGCCGGCAUCAUCGUGUGUAUUGGUGGCAUGGGAAUUCUGAUUGGCUCCGAUCACAUCACUGGCUCCAACGGUGGUACAGCGCAGAACCAACUCAAGGGCGACCUCUUCGCGCUUGCAGGCGCGACUUUCUACGGUGUAAGCAAUGUCUUCGAGGAGUUCCUCGUCAGCAAGAAACCCAUGUACGAAGUCAUCGGCCAGCUGGCAUUCUGGGGCAUGUUGAUCAACGGCACGCAAGCCGGCAUCUUCGACCGUGCAUCGUUCCGCACCGCUGUCUGGGACGGCGACGUUGGUGGCUACCUAGUCGGAUACACGCUCAUUCUCGCACUGUUCUACUCGCUUGCGCCAUUGAUGUUCCGUCUCUCAUCAGCCGCAUUCUUCAACAUUUCGCUGCUCACGGCAAACUUCUGGGGCGUGUGCAUUGGCAUCGAGGUGUUUGGGCUGAGCAUCCACUGGAUGUACCCGAUUGCCUUUGUUCUAAUCCUGCUAGGACUGUUUGUGUAUUUUAUGACUGAGAGCGUGCUGGGCGAGGCGAAGAAGCCGUGGCUGGGCGAGAACCAGGAGGACGGCGUGAGUGGGCUGGGCACGGCGAAGAGAAGGGUGGAGAACCCCGAGGUGCUUGUUUGAAGAAGCCUGUCAUCGUCCCGGUCAUGUUACCCAGGAACUGUGAACCGGCGUUUUGGCUUGGUGCUUGACAAUAAUGACUCUUGAUUGGAAUGAACAAUAAUUAGAACCGUUCACCUGGUGUGUUCUCGUCCGUCCACGUGGGGACAGGCGUACCCCUGCAUGACCGGCUCCGC